CCAGGUCUUCUUGUUGGCACCUUGGAUGUGGUGCUGGACUCCAGUGCCCGAGUGGCCCCUUACCGCAUCCUGCACCAGACCCAGGACUCACAGGUCUACUGGACAGUGGCUUGUGGUUCUUCCCGCAAAGAGAUCACCAAGCACUGGGAGUGGCUGGAAAACAACCUGCUCCAGACGCUGUCCAUCUUUGACAAUGAAGACGACAUCACCACCUUCGUUAAGGGCAAGAUACACGGUAUCAUUGCCGAGGAAAACAAGAGCUUGCAACCUCAGGGAGACGAGGACCCUGGCAAGUUCAAGGAGGCCGAGCUGAAGAUGCGGAAGCAGUUUGGGAUGCCCGAGGGGGAGAAGCUGGUCAACUACUACUCCUGCAGCUACUGGAAGGGCCGAGUGCCCCGGCAGGGCUGGCUCUACCUCACCAUCAACCACCUAUGCUUCUACUCCUUCCUGCUGGGGAAGGAAGUGAGCCUCGUGGUGCAGUGGGUGGACGUCACGAGGCUGGAGAAGAAUGCCACCCUGCUCUUCCCCGAGAGCAUCCGUGUGGACACCCGGGACCAGGAGCUCUUCUUCUCCAUGUUCCUCAACAUCGCUGAGACCUUCAAGCUCAUGGAGCAGCUGGCCAACCUGGCCAUGCGGCAGCUGCUGGACAGCGAGGGCUUCCUGGAGGACAAGGCCCUGCCCAGGCCCAGCCGGCCGCACAGGAACAUCUCGGCUCUGAAGCGAGACCUGGAUGCCCGUGCCAAGAAUGAGUGCUACCGGGCUACCUUCCGGCUGCCCAGGGACGAGCGCCUGGACGGACACACGGGCUGCACCCUGUGGACACCCUUCAGCAAGCUGCACGUCCCCGGCCAGAUGUUCAUCUCCAACAACUACAUCUGCUUUGCCAGCAAGGAGGAGGACGCAUGCCACCUCAUUAUACCCCUGAGGGAGGUGACCAUUGUUGAGAAAGCCGACAGUUCCAGUGUCCUACCCAGCCCGCUGUCCAUUAGCACCAAGAGUAAGAUGACCUUCCUGUUUGCCAACCUGAAAGACCGAGAGUUCCUGCUUCAGAGGAUCUCAGACUUUCUCCAGAAAACGCCCUCCAAGCAGCCGGACGGCAGCAGUGCGGAGAGGAAAGGCAGCAGUGUGGACACAACGCCCGAGUCUCCCUCCGCCCCCCAGGAGGUGUUGGAGCAGCCCACCAGCCCAUCUUCCUCCCUCAGUGACUGCCAGAGCUUCUAUACGCAGGAGGUGCCGACGGCAUCCCAGGGCCUGCUCAGGCUCUUCCAGGGAGACUCGUCCAUGGAGGUCCUGGGGGCCAAGUGGGCCAAAGAGAAGAUGAAGGAGGAGUCUUGGAACAUUCACUUCUUUGAGUACGGGCGCGGCAUGUGCAUGUACCGCACUGCCAAGACCCGAGAGCUCGUCCUGAAGGGCAUUCCCGAGAGCCUGCGGGGCGAGCUGUGGCUCCUCUUCUCCGGGGCCUGGAACGAGAUGGUGACUCACCCCGGCUACUAUGCCGAGCUGGUGGAGAAGUCCACAGGGAAGUACAGCCUGGCCACGGAGGAGAUCGAGCGAGACCUGCACCGCUCCAUGCCAGAGCACCCUGCCUUCCAGAACGAGCUCGGGAUCGCUGCGCUCCGGCGUGUGCUGACUGCCUACGCCUUCCGCAACCCCACUAUCGGCUACUGCCAGGCCAUGAACAUUGUGACGUCGGUCCUUCUGCUCUAUGGCAACGAGGAAGAGGCUUUCUGGCUGCUGGUGGCCCUCUGUGAACGGAUGCUGCCCGACUACUACAACACCAGGGUGGUGGGUGCGCUGGUAGACCAAGGUAUCUUUGAGGAGCUCACGAGGGACUUCCUGCCGCAGCUCUCGGAGAAGAUGCAGGACCUGGGGGUGAUCUCCAGCAUCUCGCUCUCGUGGUUCCUGACCCUCUUUCUGAGCGUGAUGCCCUUCGAGAGUGCCGUGGUCAUCGUCGACUGCUUCUUCUACGAGGGCAUCAAGGUGGUCCUGCAGGUGGCCUUGGCCAUCCUGGAUGCCAACAUGGGGCAGCUGCUGGGCUGCAGCGAUGAGGGCGAGGCCAUGACCGUCCUGGGCAGAUACCUGGAUAAUGUGAUCAACAAGCAGAGCGUGUCCCCUCCCAUCCCUCACCUCCAUGCCUUACUGACCAGUGGGGACGACCCUCCGGAGGAAGUGGACAUCUUCGAGCUGCUGAAAAGGUCAUAUGAGAAAUUCAGCAGCCUGCGGGCGGACGACAUUGAACAGAUGCGGUUUAAACAGCGGCUGAAAGUGAUCCAGUCCUUGGAGGACACUGCCAAGCGGAGCGUGGUCCGAGCUAUACCAGGGGACAUCGGCUUCUCUAUUGAAGAGCUGGAGGACCUGUACGUGGUGUUCAAGACCAAGCACAUGGCGAGUCAGUACUGGGGGGGCAACCACACCUCUGCCAUCCGUCGGGACCCCAGCCUGCCCUACCUAGAGCAGUACCGUAUCGAUGCCAGCCAGUUCCAGGAGCUCUUCGCCAGCCUGACUCCCUGGGCCUGCGGCUCACACACCCCCGUGCUGGCGGGGCGCAUGUUCCGGCACCUGGAUGAGAACAGAGACUUGCUCAUCAACUUCAAGGAGUUCGUGACAGGCAUGAGUGGGAUGUACCACGGGGACCUGACUGAGAAGCUCAAAGUACUCUACAAGCUGCACCUGCCUCCAGCUCUGAGCCCAGAGGAGGCCGAGUCAGCCCUGGAGGCCGCCCGCUAUUUCACAGAGGACAGCACCUCAGAAGCCUCUCCUCAGACCUCAGAUCCGGAGCUUUUCCUGCCCUGGGAGGCGCAAGAAGCACUCCUGCAAGUAGAGCAAGAGGACGCCCAGGAAAAAGGAGAGGAGAAGGGAACCAGCCCCCAGGACUGCCGGCACUACCUCCGCCUGUGGGCCAAGGAGAAGGAGGCGCAGAAGGAGACCCUCAAGGACCUUCCCAAGAUGAACCAGGAGCAGUUCAUUGAGCUGUGCAAGACGCUGUACAACAUGUUCAGCGAAGAUCCCAUGGAGCAAGACUUGUACCACGCCAUCGCCACGGUGGCCAGCCUCCUCCUCCGCAUCGGGGAGGUUGGGAAGAAGUUUUCCAUCCGGGCCAGCAGGAAGCUCAGGGACAGUGCCUGUGGCGAGGACCACAGCCGGACCACCCCAGAGGAGUCCCCAGCAUCUGAGCCUCAUCAGGACCCAGCCUGGGAGCCUCAGCCCCCGGCUGCUGAGGACCCGCAGGCCAAAGCCGGCGGAGACACCCACCUUGGGAAAGGGCCCCAGGAGAGCCAGGUGGUGGGCGAAGGGGGCAGCGGCGAGGGCCAGGGCUCGCCUUCCCAGCUUCUGUCUGAUGACGAAACCAAAGAUGACAUGUCCAUGUCCUCCUACUCGGUGGUCAGCACGGGCUCCCUGCAGUGUGAAGACCUCCUGGACGACACGGUGCUGGUGGGCGGGGAGGUCAGCAGUCACGUGGCAGCUGCCCGCUGUGAGGGCACCGUUGACGCCGACUGGUGCAUCUCCUUUGAGCAGAUCCUGGCCUCUGUCCUGACGGAGUCCGUGCUGGUGAACUUCUUUGAGAAGAGGGUGGACAUUGGGCUCAAGAUCAAGGACCAAAAGAAAGUGGAGAGGCAGUUCAGCACAUCCAGUGACCAGGAACAGGCUGGGGCUUCUGGCUGACCUCUGCGGCCGUGACUUGGCCCAGGCUGCAGACGGUGGG